GCGCGCAUCCCGUCGCAGACGCUGCGUCUGGAAGGGACGUCACGAUCAUGCGCACUUAGCAACGACGCAGUUAGAUGGUAUCUAACGUCUUUUCGUUAUGCACUCAUAUGACGGAGAACGCUCCUAUUCCCUGUCUACAAACCACAUCGGAGGGAGGAACGGGCCGCGGUGGCCGAGGAGGUGGCAGCAGAGGCGGCGGCCGCUCGACCAGCAGAGGGCGUGGCACGAGCCGCGGGAACAACUACGGGAGUAACCGUGGGUCGCAGGGCGUGAGCCGCUCGCGUCCCAAGGUCGGCUACAACUACAAUGGCCGCCGCACGUCUUACCGCACCUCCAGCUGGAGUCGUAACGUCGCCAUCGGACUGGUGGCUUACACAGCGUACAGGAGCAGCUUCCAUCGAGGCCACCACAGCGGGCGAGGGUGGACGACAUGCGUCAACUACGAAGCCGCCCAGGAGUCUACGAUCACCAACGUGACGUCGUAUUUCGGCAACGUCUCGAGGACGGACAUAAUCAUUGAGCGCACGACGAGUUCGCGUCCCGUCGGACGGUUCGUCUGUCCGCAGCCGUUCAUGCCGUCGUCGUACAAGUACUGCUGCGGCGAGUCCAACCAGCAGCUGUGCUGUAGCUUCAGCAACGGGUCUGGACGCAUGGUGGGACUCAUAUUUGGACUGAUUUGCAUUGUUUGCAUCGCGGUUGUGAUUUGUGUCGGAUGCAAGCGAUAUAAAGCCAGAAAAAGAAGUCGUGAUGAAAAUGAAUAUGUAAUGGAACCAGUUAAGCCUGCGAACUAUCCAGCCCGGCCAAAUAUGGGCGGUAGUAGUCGUUCGCCUGAAUUUACUCCGCUUAAUCAAGUGGGAGGUACAGGACAGCAUCCUGGAGUAGCAAGUGGAGGACAGCAAGGGCCGGGAUCCUACCAAAUGGGACCCAGACCACAAGGAUAUCCGAUGGGACCUGGACAACAAGGCUAUCCGAUGGGACCCAGACCACAAGGCUAUCCGAUGGGACCUGGACCACAAGGCUAUCCGAUGGGACCCAGACCACAAGGCUAUCCAAUGGGACCUGGACCACAAGGCUAUCCGAUGGGACCCAGACCACAAGGCUAUCCAAUGGGACCAGGGCAACAACCUUACCCCACAGGGCCAGGGCAACCACCUUACCCCACAGGGCCAGGGCAACCACCUACAGCACCAGGGCAACCACCCUAUCCCACCACAGCAGGGCAACCACCCUACCCCUCGGCACCAGGGCAACCAUCCUACCCACCAGCACCAGGGCAACCAUCCUACCCACCAGCACCAGGGCAACUACCUUACCCUAUAACACCAGCACAGGCAGCUUAUGACCAAUCCUCACCAGCAGCACCUCCAGUAACAGAUGCAGCCAAAGCGCCAUCUAGUGGAGGGCCACCGUAGCCAGUGAAUCCUGCACCAGCCGCCAGGGGCAUGCCAAGAACUUAUGCCGAGGUUGCUGGUUAAAUUGACUACGUCACGAAUUUUCCAUGGUAAAAUUUGUAAAAAAAAAUUGCCAUUUUUUUUCAUUAAAAGUA